UCCCUCUGCCACUCGUGUCGAAUAGUGAAGCCGCAGAGGUCGAAACACUGCAGGUACUGUAACAGGUGUGUCGAGGUCAUGGACCACCACUGUUACUACGUUAACAACUGCGUCGGCUUGAAAAAUAGGUCGGUCGCUUGGUUUUUUUUUUACUAA